ACCUCUUUCUAAUUUUGAAAUACCCUCAUAUCUAACUUACGCGCUUCAGUUUUCGCAUCUUCCUCUCAUUCAUCCCCUAAUGUUUUGAUCGACACUUGCGCAGACUCUUCCGCCUCUGCCCAUCUGCAUAUACCAGUCUGUAUCCGGUCUAAAUACUGGGGCGACACUGUUCACCGCUUGACCAACUCACUGGGGUAAACAUAACCGAGCAACCAGAGGAUUGGCCAGGGAGGAAGCGGCCAAUCAAGUUGAGGCGAGGCCGCAUAUUUUGGACAACUAGACGCACUCUCGGGCAGCAAAAUGGGAGUCGACUUGCAAAAUCCACCCCCGUUGCCCGCCCCGACCGAGACCGAGUCCCACGUUAGCACACCUACCGAAGUUGCUGCUUCCGAUGUGUCAAAACCUGCCGACGACGACAUAUCUCAUUAUUCCCUUCCUGACGACGGAACACCUGUUACCAUCAAGACCCGUGGUCACAGGUCCAAUCGCUCUCAAACCUCACUACUAAUUGAAUAUUUCGAAGGCGGCAAGAACGGUCCUUCUGGUAGUUCAAGUUCUGCCGAGCGCAAACCCAGCGUUCGUGUGCGAGUAACUCCCUCUAAGACUCGUGGGAAGAACGAUCAUAUUCAGAUCACCGAGACUAAGAGUACGAGAAAAGCAUCCUCGUCUAGAAGGGCGACCGCAAGCCCUAAUAUGACCCGGAGUGAAUUAGACAUCAUGACGGACCCAGAAGAUGCAAGGAGCAUGCACUCCUACGCGUCUGCAACUGAGGAGUCUAAUGUCUCGCGUAACCCCAUCGAGGUAGAAAUCGACUCCAGAAGCCAUCAUCGCCGCCGAAAGGUGUCGAGCCCACUGAUACCUGCAUCGGAUAGCAAAGUUUCGACUUAUCAGGCACCUAACAUGUCCGACAUAUCAGCAAUCCCAUCUGAUAGUUUUCUUGAUGGUUCUGGUGGCACAUCGGCAAAUGAGAAGCGGGCUAGAAGCCCAACACGCCCCGAAAUUCCCGCUACAACCGAGAGGGUCAACCGUAAGGUUCGAGGUUCCACCCACGAUCUGAGUGUCAUGCAAAAGGCAGUUGAAAAGGCAAGCAAGCCAGAACGAAGACACAAGUCAAAGAGUAGAACAAGCAGUUCCGGUGAAAAAGAGAAUGAAAGACGCAGAUCCAAGGGCAGCAACAACAAGGAAUCUUUGGUCUCAGCCGCUGACUCCAGCAACAUUUCAUCACAAUUUACCGCCAGCCACCGCUCCUAUGAUUCACAUGCCUCUUCUAAGGUGUCGAUCAAUAACCCCAAGCUUCUCGAGACUGUCGAAGAUGCUAUUCGACGACUCAUUUUACCCGAAUUAGAUGCCAUCAAAAGAGAACGAAGUCAACGAGAAACUCGAAGACCACGAGAUCGGGAAUCUUUGUCUAGCCUCACCUCUGCAUCCCGUGAGGAUAUAGCGGUUACGAGUAAGAGGAAACCUGCCGAUACCACCCAAGCAGCCAAGGCAAAAGAUAAACGAGAUAGAGAAGCUAGAAACGACCUAUCGCCUCAAAGUAGCAUUGAGCUUGUUUCCGUUGUUGAUGACAUCCCUGAUGAAGAACUCACACCACGCCGCGACACCAUCGACAAGCUUACAGAUGUUGCUCUGGGGGCCGCCGUUACGGGUGCUGCCCUACGAUCUAGGUCCAGAGGCGAUGAGAAGAGGCAACGAAGGAGGAGACGCGCAGAAACGCCAAAGCGCGACAACGGUGAACGAUAUGCCGACGACUACGAUGAUGAUCAUGAGGUAGUGCCACCCAUGCCUCUGCAGAGCGAAAUCAACCCUUCCGAAAUAACCCGAACUUCGAUAUUAUCAGCAGAGACGGACCGACCUCACUCUGCCAGUGAAGAAAUGACCCCGGGCCGAGAGCUCUCUCGAGAUAUUGCUUCACCAGAUUCUAUUCAGAGAACUCCUACACCGUCAAGAUCUCCUGCACACACACUACAGACCUUAGGAGUUCAACAUGCCAACAUAUCUCACGGCGAUCUCAAAGCUCUACCCCGCAGAGCAAACAAUGAAUACCGAGAAGACUAUAGAACUGAUGAGCUCGGGAACCGUUAUGCUGCACAUGAAGAAUAUGACGAUGAUUAUGAUGAUGCGGGCCAUCUUGCCGAGCCUGGCAUGUACGAUGAUGACCCGUCCAUGCAAAAUUUCUACGGAUCCCAGGACGUUCCAGCACCAUUGCGCUACGUUCCCUAUCAGCAAGAGAGGCGUGGUUUAAGUCCCAUUCAGAGUGUAUCAGGUUACACCGAGGGGGAGAGUGAUGUUCACGCUAACCGGGAUUCGAGAACGUUGCACACUGCAAGUGAAGUUUCGUCUCCAGAGAAAUCACUAUACCACGACCGAGAUCUCCACUCUCCAAGUUCAAUUCCUAGUAAUUUGCGAGGUCAUGCUUUCGCAGACGAGGCUAGCAGCGUCAUGAGUUCAGGCGUGGGUUACAGGAAUACCACAUAUACCGAAGACAGCGAGUUGGAUCGAGUGACAUCAGGACAAGCAGUUCAUGUUGUCGGUGGAAACCCCGAAAUGGUGCACCCGAACUUUGCUCCCGAGUCUGCUGUCGCAUCUCUAGUAGAGGGUUCGCAGCUGGAUCCUUCCCUCUUGAGCGGAUCUGGGGGUGCCAGACAAGACUAUCGCGACUCCUCUCUAUCUUACGACGAUAGAACCAGGUCAAGGGGAGUGAGCCCAACCAAACGCUCUGUGGAGAGCCGCCGUGAAGCAUUCGAACAGCAGCAAGAGCAUUCGCCGGCUCCAUCUCGAGAGUUUUCAGAGUACGAGCUUAAUGAAUACGGCCAAAAGGUACCCUUAUCUAAGUACCGCAAUUCCCCCACAGCCUCCGAGAACGCCAUUACAAGUGUUGCUCUUCAACGAGCCGCGGCUGCGGCUCUCAAACGCAAGAAUGAAGACCAGCAAGGCGCAAAUACUGAAUCGAAGGAUGACGAGUUUGUUGGUGAAGGCGUUUCACGCAACCGAUCUUUCAAAGAACGGGCCAAGACUGGGUACCGACCAGACGCCACCCCACGUCACAGCGUCGAUCGCCUUUCGGAUUACUCUCAGCCCAGGUUAGGAGCUAGUGGCCUUCCUGACAUGGAAGAUCCGAUGCCCGAGAUCGGCUAUGGCUAUGAUGAGCAAACCCCGUCAGUAGUUCAGGGACCACUAGAUGGAUCCCAGCACGAUAGGGAAAACUGGUCAGGAGUGCAGACUCCAGUGCAGGAUAGGUCUCAUGCCUAUGACCGUGCGGUAACGCCCAAGGCAAAUAACGGCCAAGGCCUAGGGAUUUCAGACGCUGCUGCUGCUGCCACUAUUGCAACCGCAGGAGCACUCGCUACAUCGCACAGCCGUCAGCCUAGUCAGGAUCAGGAUGAAGAGUGGCAGAGAACAUCUGUCGACCGCAAGCGGGAUACACUGGUCACAAACCCCUACGAGGGGACCAGCCCGAUUGCCAACUUACCUGGAGUAGAUGACAACAUGCUAGGUGCUUCUGGAUAUGGAGCAGAUGCCUACAGAGGCGGGUUUCACACCGGCAGUCCCGGAGUAGGUGGAGGUGAUGAAGGAUAUAUCUCUGCAGCACCAAAUGACGCACGCGAUAGAUCCGAUGGUCAAGGCAAAGAUAUCGGCAUGCUAAACCGAUCAAAUGAAGAUCCGUUCUACGCACCAAAGGAUACGAGGCAUCUUACUGGGCUCUCCCAGGCGAUGGGAUCCCCCCUUUACGACUCCGCUACUGGAAACGGAAUCGACAGGAUUCAAUCAAAAGAUAUCAUUGCCUUGAUGGAGCACCUUAUGGUUCGCGAUGCGCAGCGAAGUGCUCGUGAUACUGAGAUCCUGGUUACUCUCGUUCGGUCUGCGGCAGAAAUGCGCAACUCUUUUGAGGAUAUCAAGAGAAUGCUAGUAGACAGCGAGGACCAGAUCGUCAAUGAGGUGAAGGACAAUACCGAGAAGUCAAUUAAGCGUCACCUAGGCGGACCUCGACCUUUCCCUGGAAGCAGUGCACGAUCUAUCCAGGGUUCCCAAGCCGGUACCGAGGACACUAAUGUCAAGAAGCGCAAUCUUCUCCGCCGAGCACUUCAGGGCCUCGGCUCCAAGGGUGCAAACGACCUGGGCAGAAUUGAGGAUAUGCUGAACCAGCUACUUACCGAUGUUCACGACCUCAAAGAUCAGAGCAACGGCCCAAUGGGCCCAUCAAGCACGCGAGCUCACUCGAUUGAUAACAUCCAGCCAGAGGUUCAGUAUGAGCAAGAUCGAGGCUAUGAGCCCGAGGGCCAUGCUGGAACAUCGACCGCUAGCCAUGCAAGCCAAUCGGGACACCUCUCGAUACCCCAGUCUCGUGGAACUUCUAAUAAGAUGGGUAAUGAUCGAAAAUUCUCAGACCACCGCAUUAGCACCGUGCCUGAGGAUGAGGAUGAGUACAAUGACCAUCCCAUGCCGCCAUCAAGUCAAUACGAGAUGCAUGGCGGGAUGAUGUCUCCCAGCGAAGAGAGGCCUAGGGGUGGGUCAGUGCCCCUGGGCACACCGCCUCAGCAGAGCUCGCAGGCGCACAACUACUCAAUGAGUAAUGAGAACACGCCUCAGACUGGAGAGAGCAAGAAGCACAAAUCUCGGGGUUCCUCUAGCUUCUUCCCCAAGAUUUCGCGUUGGUCAGAGACAACGACAUCAAGCCUCGGCAGAGUUUUCCGUAGUAGUGGUGCUUCUAAGAAGCAUGAUCCCCCAGAGGAUUUCUUACAGCACCCUCCCUCAAGGUCAGGUUCAGAUCUAGUCAACUAUGAUCAAUACCAGCCUCGGGAUGUCUAUGACAAUGACAAGCUACACUCUGGUUUCUCGGAGCAAGAUUUACGCCCUGCCCCCGCGAGUGGCAACAUGCAAAACACGCCGAGCACUCCCGCAAUGGAGCAGCCUCAGAUGCAGAACCCCCAACUGCAGCAAGCGUUUGCACCAAUUCCAUACGCCACUCCAGAAGAUCCUAAAUAUAGGGCCCAUCGCAACUCUCUGAACUUGCAACAUCCCCAACCUAGACAGGGGCAGACGGAACGGUUCCGAACCGCACUCGAGACGUCGGCGCAAGAUUACGACACGCCUAUGUCACCGAGAUCAGCUGACUGGGCUGGCUCGGUCAGCUCUCUUACCAGGCAGAACGCCAACAGAUAUAGCGACAACAGCGCAAUGCAGUCUGGCCAUGGGGGCGAUGAUUACAAUUGGCAAGAGAUAUCGCCUAACCAUCAGGGACCACCACGACCUCCCAAGGAGCCGCUAGAUGGCCAAUCCCCUUCCCUUUCGCAGACUCCUGCUCAACACGACCGAGUGAACAAGCUACAGAAAUCUCAAGGUAGCCCGCUGCCUUAUCACAGUGUCGAGAGCGGCUACGGUACAGCCACGGCCACGCAUGCCGGAAGCUACCACUCCAGUAGCCCGAAGUUGGAGAACCGAAAUCUGAGCGGAGCCCUUGGAGUACCCGCACGAAGACCUAGUGGGCCCAGAGCAAUGACGCCGAGUCGGGGCAGUGAGGACGGGGAGGAGAGAAGGCGAAAGCGAGAUACAUUCGGCUCGAUUGCCAGUCCCUCCAGCGUUAUUAGCCAAGAGUCCGAGACCUUUUAGGAGAAGCGUGCUCGGUACCUUGACAUUAUAUCGCCUACUUCACCAUUCCACGUUGAGUUCAAGAAGUUGGACGGAUGAACGAAUGAAUCGACGGCUGACAUCAAUACGGCUGCCGGGUCGGCCGUAAACAUUAAAUAUAUUAAUUGCGACGUUUCGCAGGCGUUUGGACUCUUUA